AGUCCCUGCGUAUGAGCGUCUGGGAUUGGAGGACGUCCGUAAGCGGAGGGUUUGUGCUGAGGUUGAACCGCCUGACUGAUGGCGCUCAGCAAUUGGCGGGAGGGGAGGCGUUAACUCGAGGGAGGAGAAACGACCCCUGAGCGACAGCACCCGCUGCUCCACCGAGACUCUAUCCUCCCCCAAGGCUAAACAAGGGAGAUUGAGACCUUACGUUGCGUAAAGCCCGUUCGACCCGGAAACAAACCUUUUAAAACCCACUCUCUCAGGGGCGGGAGGAAUCGAUGCGUCCGGAAGAACGGACAGCUUCACCGUUGCUAGGCGACAAGGCAGGCGCACCUGGACUCUCUCAGGACCAGGACCCAGUGGAGCUGCGUCCCUAAGCCGGAGGCAGGUCUGAGAUGUGAGCUCUCAGCUGUUCUGCUGUGAUGCCUUCACUCUGCUCGUGGACCCUGACCCUCUGGAACUGACAAAGUUUGGCAAGUUUAUUUCCUUGAAUUGACUAAAAACAGGAUUUCAAGUGUUGUCGCCUUUUAGUAUUUACUUUGAACAGGACAGAGAUUCCUCUGCCAUCAGAUGUCUUUCUGCUUGACUGAACUACACCUGUGGUCCCUGAAAAGUACCUUGCACAUUGCGGAUAGAGACAUCGGCGUCUACCAGUACUAUGACAAGAAAGAUCCACCAGUGUCAGCAACAGAGCAUGGUAACUUAGAAGAAAAGCAAAGGCUGGCAGAGUCACGAGAUUAUCCUUGGACACUCAAAAAUAGACGCCCAGAAAAACUUCGAGACUCACUGAAAGAGUUGGAGGAACUGAUGCAAAAUAGUCAGUGUGUGCUGAGCAAAUGGAAGAACAAAUACAUCUGUCAGCUCCUCUUUGGUUCAGGUGUGCUGGUGUCCCUAAACCUUUCCGGGCCUCAGCUGGAGAAAGUGGUGAUUGACAGAAGCCUGGUGGGGAAGCUCAUCUCAGACACCAUCAGUGAUGCUCUUCUUACAGACAGUUUCAUCAUCUUAUCAUUUUUGGCACAAAACAAGCUAUGUUUUAUUCAGUUUACAAAGAAGAUGGAUUCUCUUGAUGUAAAUAAGAGACUGGAAAAACUCUCAGCCUUGGAUUAUAAGAUUUCCUAUUAUGACAUACCUGGCCCAGCAAACAGGACACUAGAGCGUCACUUAGCUAUCAAUGCCAUUCAGGAUGUAGUUGCUUGCUGGUGGCCUCUGGUCAGUGAUGGUGCUUGGCCUUGGACUCCGAUCUCUUCUGAAAAAGACAGAGCCAAUCUCCUGCUCCUGGGUUUUACUCAAGGAGGACUUCAGGUUCUGAGUUGUGUUCGCACAGAAGGAAAUCCUCUGGAUGUUCACUUUGGCACCAAACAGCCUUACCAUGUGUGCACAGUGGAGUGCUCCAUUAGUGUGGACAAGGAGCCCAUGGCUGACAGCUGUGUCUAUGAAUGUGUCCGGAACAAACUCCAUUGCAUGUCAGUUACUAGGAUACCACUAAGAUCGAAGGCCAUCAGCUGUUGCAGGAAUCCUACUGAAGACAAACUGAUUGUGGGCUGUGAAGAUUCUUCAGUAAUUCUCUAUGAAGCUCAUCGUGGAGUGACUCUCUUGGCCCAAGCUGAACUUCUGCCUUCAUUAAUAAGCUGCCACCCAAGUGGUGCCAUUCUGCUAGUUGGCAGCAACCAAGGGGAACUGCAAAUUUUUGACAUUGCUCUAUCCCCUAUUAACAUCCAGCUCUUGGCUGAAGAUCGCUUACCCAGUAAGACUUUGCAAUUCAAUAAAUUCUUUGAUGUUUCAAGCAAUCUUGUACAAAUGCAGUGGAUAGCUCCUCCUGUUGUUUCCCAGAAGCCUGAAAGAGGAGAAAUCUAUGAUCUCCUCUUCCUCAGGUUCAACAGAGGACCUGUGGGUGUGCUGUUGUUUAAACUUGGUGUCCUCACUCGAGGACAGCUGGGCCUGGUAGAACUCAUCUUCCAGUACAUCCACUGUGAUGAGGUGAAUGAAGCAAUAAACACCCUGAGCAGCAUGAACUGGGACACCCUGGGCCAGCAGUGCUUUGUCAGCAUGAGCGCCAUCGUGAACCAUCUCCUUAGACAAAGGCUCACUCCAGAGAGAGAAGCACAGCUUGAGGCAAGCCUUGGAACUUUCUAUGCUCCAGCAAGACCACUUCUGGAUACCACUGUUUUGGAAUACAGAGACCAGAUCAGCAAGUAUGCCAGGAGAUUUUUCCACCACUUGCUCAGGUACCGGAGAUUUGAAAAAGCCUUUCUCUUAGCUGUUGACAUUGGUGCUCGUGACCUGUUUAUGGAUAUUCAUUACCUUGCCCUGGAUAUGGGUGAACUGGCCCUGGCUGAAGUGGCAAGAAGAAGAGCAUGUGACAUUGAUGUCGAAUCUGUAUCCUCUGGAAUCGAACUCCUGGGCCCCUUGGACAAAAGAGACACACUAAAUGAAGCUUUUGCUGGACCAGCACCUGAAGGAGAAAACACAUUUCCAGAUCUUCUUCCUUCCACUGGAUCCAAGCACAGACAUGUUAUUCAGCAGAAAAUACCAAAUGGCCCUUCUAACAGACAGGCAAUUGACAGAAGGAAUGAGCAGGAGGGGAAGAGCCGCACUGACUCUUCAGUGACCACCAUCUCAGAUGCAGAAGGAGGACUGAAAGAAGACUGCAGGGGACAGGACAUUGGAGAUGUUGGUUCUCUCAGAAUGGUUCAUUUUGGCUUGGUGUAAAUUAUUAGAAACUCCAAAAAGAAACCUGCCUUUUUCAUAUCUUUUAUAUGGCCCUGAUUCAAUACAAAUCUCCACGUGUGGAUUUAAUAGAAGGAAAGAUGGUGCACGCAGCACAACAUAACAAUAGCAAAGUGACCCCAAAUAGAAGUCCUUACCCACUUAUUUUCAUAAUGUGUGUGCUUCUGAAAUGUCAGCAUAAGAGGCAGAACAUCUAAAGCUCAUUCUCCCUCAUCUUCUAAGUUUUUCCUCCUUUGGGGGCUGGAGAGAUGGUUCAGCAGUUAAGAGCACUUGUUCUUGCAGAAGACCCAGGUUCAAUUCCCAGCACCCACAUGGUGGCUCAAGGCUAUCCAUAACUUCAAUUUCAGGGAAUCCAGUGCCCUCUUCUGACCUCCUCAGACACCAAGCACAGACAUGUGUUAUGUGCAAAACACUCAUGCAUAUAUAAUAAAAUAAAUCUUUACAAAAAAUGUC